UGGGAAGCGGUGCUCAUGGUAACCACCGUAAACCAUCCAUCUUCCUCCCCUUCCUCCUCCUUUUUCUUGUCUCGGCUCAGCGGCAGUGCCAAGCGAGCGAUAAUGGAUAGUUUGGGUCGCACCGAGGACAAGUAUUACGAAAAAAUUAAAGCGAUUCAGCAAAGCAUGUCUAAAAGGGAAAAACGGAGGAUGGAGCUGGAGAGGGAACUGUUUGCUUACUCCAGAUCAGAUAUUAGAAUCUCACAGAUAAAGUGUUCCAAACUGCACAGUUAUCUCAAAGAAAUCUGUGACAGGGAAGCACGAGCGAAAAUGAGAAACCUUGAGCUUCAGAGAAAUGUGGAGUGCAUAGAAAUUAGCAUGAAGGAAUAUAGUCCUGACCAUGGCCCCCUGCAACAACAAAAGGCUGAGUUUUUAAAAAAUAUUUCCAGGUUUAUUGAAGCAAGAAAGAAAAUGGAGCCAAAGAUGGAAGCAGCAAAGGUAGAAUCUAUGCAAAGACAGUACCAGGAGAUCAACAUCUCUCACACUGUGAAGGAUUUUACACAGUCACCAAUGGAAAUUUUUAUGGAACACCAGACCUCCAGAGGGUCUGAUGCUGAAGCUGGCACCACAAGUGUACACUCACACCGAGCGUUGCGUCGUUCACCCAAUCGCAGUGUGCACUCCCGUGAACGUCUACCAAGUGGCCUUUUGAAGGACUUCAGAGUUGGCGGAGAGGAUGCCGCCAGCAAGCGAACACAUUUAUCAGAUGACAUUUCAGGCUCAAAUGAUUCCCCUGACGGCUGUAAUUUGAGUGACAAACAUGAAAGAACGCUGAGGCUGCUCCCAUCUGUUCAUGCCUUAACAGGCACAGCUGGCAGUGUGGCUUUUGGAAGUGAUGAUGAACAGGAAGCUUCACCUCUGGUGACCUUGACGGGGCCUGAGAAGAAUCCAUCUCCCAGCAACAGUGGCUCAUUGAGGGCUAAGAAUUCCCUUGCAGAACACACUGACUCCCAAGAGGUAGCUCAUGAGCCACUCAUAAUGGGAGAUGAAGAGAGAGGUCUUGGCCAUUUGAUGCCUGAAACCACUUUUGGAAAAGAAGCUCAAGACAUGCCAGGUAAAUGUGAGAGUAUCAGUACACUGAGUUCUGAUGUGGAGUUGUCAGAGAGCAGUGCUAGUGACCUGACAAUAUCUUUGACUCAAUCUGAGCUGGAGGAGGAUCUACCAGAGGAUGUAGUACCUGUGAGGAAUUCUUACAGAGGGAAGGAUGAUCACAAACAGCACAGUCCUAAAUCAUCCAUCCACUCUAAUGGGUCUAAAUUACAUAGUGAAUCCUCAGGAUCAGCAGUGACCUUGAAAAGCCUCUCCCUGGAAGGAUUCUACAGUCUGCUUGACAGUAUCGAAGGACGCCUCCAUGGCGAGCAGACCCAUGUGUAUGGGGAUUCUUCAGUUGAUGAAAGACAACGCAAUAGAAUUAUCAGCCUUUGUGACGAUGGAGCGGGCUUAAAUGAGGAGGACCUUGAAGCAUGUGGAGCAGUCGUCCUUCAUGAGCUUCAGAGGUUGUCGUGGAACACAGAAAAGGGUUGCCUUCUGUCACAGGAUCUAGUGUAUGCACAUCAGUAUAACACUGAGCCUAAUAAAAUAAGCACCAGCCUCCCUCCUAAUGCCGCUCGGCUGUGGGAUCGCUGGUUCAAGCACGCCCUUGUGCUCAAGGAGCACCGUGUCCUCAGCACUGAGCGCUUGGUCCAACUGUUCACGCCGUUGCUACUGAAGCGUCAUGCCACCUACAGCCAGCAGGCCAAAGUGUUUCUGAGGACACUUCUCUCCCGGUCCAGUGAGGAGUGCCCCUCAGCAGAGGACGUGAAUGACGUAUCUUCUUUGUGUCGUCCUCCUUCCCUCCUGCCUGAUAAAGAUGUGAAGCCUGAAAGAUCGAUACAGAAGCCACAGAUUCAAGAACUACAAAGUACUGAAGAGGACAGCCAGGACGAAAGCCCUGUGGAAAGUGGUCCUAUUAGAGAGACAAAAGCAUAUCAGUUACUUAAACAGUCAGCCAUGCAGGAAAGGCUGCAGAGUUCUGAAGAGGAGGAGGAGAAGAGUGUGUUUUCAGGAAUAAAUCAUGGCCAUGAAGAGGACCUGGGGAGGGCCAAAUGCUCCUCACAUCAAGACCCUUACCCUCGGAUUAGGACCUCAAAAGCUUAUUCUGCUCUACAAUCAAAAGCUUUCUGGCAGGAAUCAGAUGACAGCGACUCAGAGAUUGAAGCAGCCUUACGUCCUCCUACUUAGAACACAAACAACAAUGGUACUGAAGAUUUUUAUGACCGAAAUUUCCAUUGAGAUGCUUUUUAAAUACACUACUUUAUGUCAUUGGGAAAUUUGAGGCAGAUUGGCUUUUGGUAUUUCACCCCCUGACCACAAUUUUAGUGGUUUGCAUUGUAAAUCAUAUGCACACUAUAUUGUAAAAACAAAUAAUAAGUUGACAGCUCUCACACUGGGUAAAGUAUGUGAAGUGUUGUCCACAGCACUGAUGUUAA